UUCCACAUCAGUGUCAUCAGAGGUGGCCUCAGUAACAUGCUGUUCCAGUGCUCCUUACCCGACACCGUGGCCACCGUUGGUGACGAGCCUCGGAAAGUGCUCCUGCGGCUCUACGGGGCAAUUUUAAAGAUGGCUGGCCAUGCGAUCGUGCCUGGAGCACUCUGGUUUCCAGGUGACAGACACGAUUCACGGGAGAACAAGCGCAGGAUUUAACGUUUUGGGGGCAUUUUGGCCCCAUUCAGCAACCAAAUGAACACCAUAGCCAGUUUCCCAGCUCGGACCACGGAUGCGAGUUUGCCCGAAGCCGGCUGGCUCUGUCGCGGAGGCCGUGCCUUGAGCUUCACAACGUGGCCGGUCCUUUAUUCGUGCCGGCAAGCAGUGCCGUGAGCAGAGGGAUUGCUUGGUGCUUUGGGGGAAGACUCACCGAGUAAGUGAAAGAUGGAGUCCCGAUUUGUGAGGACCCGGUAGGCCGCAGGGGGGAGAGGGACAGCUGAAGUCCGAGUCUGAGGUAACAGCGCGGCCGAAGGAGUGGUCUGGAGGGAAGGAAGGAGCCACGCUUUCGUGGUACCCAGUUGCUCCUCCCUGGAGUUUACCACGUCACAGGCCCAAGCCGUGUGGUCAGCAGACGUCUACAAGUAUUUUCAUUUUCGCAGCUUUCAUUGUAACGGGAUUUACCCUGUAACAUCUCUUCAUCAGAGAAACGCAGAUGGCACAAAUGGAAGUACCUGCCCCAUUUGUACUUUCUGUACUUUGUGCAAAAUGAAGUUCACGGGACGUUCAGGAUGUUACUGAAGACGUGUAAGUGCAGGUCUUCUGCAGAGAGCUUCGUGAACGUGGAUUGUGGUUUGCCUCUGUGCGGAGGAAGCUGGCGCAGGCACUGUUUGUGCAGAGCGCGUGACAGCGCCCGGGGCGCGUGUCCGUGCAGGGUGGACGGGAGUGACGCGCUGGGGUCUUUGAGUGGCGCUGGCGUAGCUGGUGUUGCUUAACGUGGCAUUUUUUUUCCCUGUCCAUACUUUCCACCCUUGGUACAGGUGUUUUUGAUAAAGCUGUGGAAUGGAAAGAGGUCCUGUAAUAAAGAGGGAUCCGAACAAGCUCAGAAAGAAAAUGAAUUUCAAGGGGCCGAGGCCAUGGUUCUGGAGAGCGUUAUGUUUGCCAUUCUUGCAGAGAGGUCUCUUGGGCCAAAGCUGUACGGCAUCUUUCCCCAAGGCCGCCUGGAGCAGUUCAUCCCGAGCCGGCGCUUAGACACUGAAGAAUUAAGUUUGCCAGAUAUUUCUGCAGAAAUAGCCGAGAAAAUGGCCACAUUUCAUGGUAUGAAAAUGCCAUUCAAUAAGGAACCAAAAUGGCUUUUUGGAACAAUGGAAAAAUACCUGAAUCAGGUGCUGCGGAUUAAGUUUGCCGGGGAGCCCCGGGGCAAGCAGCUCCAUCGGCUCCUGCGCCUCAACCUGCCCCUGGAGCUGGAGUACCUGCGGUCGCUGCUUGAAUCCACCCCUUCUCCAGUAGUGUUUUGUCAUAACGACUGUCAGGAAGGUAAUAUCUUGAUGCUGGAGGGCAGAGAGAAUUCUGAAAAGCAGAGACUGAUGCUCAUCGACUUCGAAUACAGCAGUUAUAAUUACAGGGGAUUCGACAUUGGGAAUCAUUUCUGUGAAUGGAUGUAUGACUAUAACUACGAAAAGUACCCUUUCUUCAGAGCGAACACCCUGAAAUACCCCACCAAGAAACAACAGGCACGGUGGCCGUGUCUUCAGCAGAUGGCCCACACGCUAGGGGCAGCCGUUCAAGUGUUGACUUGCUGUGAGACCAAAACCGCGUCGCCCUCUUCCUGCCACACUCUCCACUUUAUUUGCAAUUACUUGGCUGCAUUCCAUAAUGAAUUUGAAAACCUCAGUAAUGAAGAAAAGUCCAUUAUAGAGGAAGAGAUGUUGCUUGAAGUCAAUAGGUUUGCCCUUGCGUCCCAUUUCUUCUGGGGACUUUGGUCCGUUGUGCAGGCCAAGAUUUCAUCCAUCGAAUUUGGAUACAUGGGACCUCGGGUGAAGGAACUCCCGAAGCGUUUCCUUCUGCUGUCGUGGCUCCAUUCUCCAUUCCUGCAGCGCCCCACUUCACGUAGGCGGCUGGUACUGAGUGAAUGAGCCGUCCUGUUUGUUGCAGGAAAGUUCAACAAGCCAGGCUGCCAUUUUCUUCCAGCCUUAGGACAUAGAAAGUUUUAACCGUGAGUCCAGCCCUCCGCUGCCCCAUAAUGAGUGUUGGUGGUGUGUCCCAGGGCAGGGGGCGCACAAAGUCUGUAGUGAGCGCCUUGCUUUAGGAAGGUAGAGGGAAUGAUGAGUUUGUUUUAUCCUUCCAGUCCUGCAUUAGGGUGAUUUCUGCAUCCAGGUGGAAGGUUGGGUAACUCACAGGUGCUGUUAGGCAAAAGAAGGGGGAAUAAAGAAUUUUAAAGCAGAUUUAGAGCCAUGGUCAAAUGAUAUUGUUAAGACAAAGUACACAACAAAAAAUAGUACCAAAGUAAGGAAUAAUUUCAUAAUAAUAAAGGGAUCAGUUAAUACAGAAGACAUAAAAAUAUCCUAAAAUGUGUACGCACCUGUCUUGCUUCAAAAGACAUAAAGCAAAACCUGAGAAAACUGAGCAGAGAGAGAGGCAGACCCACAGAGCAGAGGGGCAGAGCCAGAAACAGCAGCAGGAGGGAAGGAGGAGGGGCCCGCACUCUUGCCCAGCCUGACACUGUUGAGUGCCCAGCUGCCGAAUGUGCAUCCUUGCCCAGUGAAUAUGGCACGUUCGUCAAGAUAGACCAUAUGCUGGGCUUUAGGAAACAGGUCUCAAGCUGAAAAGAACUGAAAUACAGAGUAUAUUCUCUGACUACGGUGGAAUUUAAUAGGAAAUCAACAGCAAGAAAAUCUUGAAAAUUCUUAAUUAUUUAGGAAUUAAAUAGUACACUUCAGUAAACCCUAGAUCAAAGAAGAAAUGAAAUAGACAACUAGAAACUGUUUUGAACAAAUUAUAACGAAAACACAAUAUAUCAGAAUUUGUGGGAUACAAUUAAAGCAGGGUUUAAAAACUUGUGGCUUUGAAGGUCAUACAUUUGUAUUAGAUAAGAAAGUUCUCAAAUCAGUGACUGAAGCGUCUACCUUAAGAAGCUAGAAAGAGAAAAACCAACCU